ACUAACUCGCACUCGGACGACUCAAUAUAAACCCACGGGUUUGUGAUGAGGGGCACACUGGAUUGGAAACUUAAAAGAAACGGAAUAUUUGCGCUCAGGCUCAUCCCGAGUUCUACUUGUCCGAAACUCCUUUGGGCAAUUUUUGUUGAGUGCCACUCAUCUACCUGACAACAUUAGUCAUGAAGACCAAGCGCUCCCUUCAUGCGGUCACUCCUCUGCGAGAGAGCUUGAUCCUGUCCAAGGUGGCUGGCACGUCCAUCUACCUGAAGCUGGAUUCCGCCCAGCCCACCGGCUCAUUCAAGAUCAGAGGCAUUGGACACCUGUGCAAAACGUGGGCAGAACAAGGAUGCAUGAGGUUCAUCUGCUGCUCAGGUGGUAAUGCUGGGAUGGCAGCAGCCUACUCUGCUCGUAAACUAGGGUUGCCCGCUACCAUUGUGGUGCCCAGCGUCACCCCUGCCCAGACAGUCCAGAGGCUCAAGGACGAGGGGGCAGACGUGAUCAUCCACGGCAAAGCUCUUAAUGAAAGCAUUGAAUACGGCCAGCAGCUCGCAGCUAAUAACCCAGACUGGGUCUUCAUCUCGCCCUUCGACGAUCCCCUUAUUUGGGAGGGCCACACGUCCCUGGUCAAGGAGCUGGAGUCCGAGAUGGAGGAGAAGCCGGGAGCGGUCAUUCUGUCCGUCGGGGGUGGGGGUCUCCUGAACGGGGUGGUGAUGGGCCUGCAGCGUGCCGGCUGGGACGACGUCCCCAUCAUCGCCAUGGAGACCGUGGGGGCGCACAGCCUGAACGCCGCCAUGAAGGCCGGAGAGCUCGUCACGUUGCCAGGCAUCACCAGCAUUGCCACAACGCUGGGCCUGACCCGGGUUUCUGCACAGACCAUGAAGCUGGUAAAAGAACACACAGUCUACUCCAUGCUCGUCACGGACCAGGAAGCCGUGCGUGCAGCAGAGCGGUUCGUCGACGAUGAAAAGGUGUUGGUGGAGCCGGCCUGCGGGGCAGCCCUGGCCGCCGUCUACUGUGACAUUGUCCGACGGCUGCAGUCGGAGGGCAAGCUGGCGCAGCAGCUGGGUCCCGUGGUGGUUGUGGUGUGUGGCGGCAACAACAUCAGCCUGGAGCAGCUCCGCCUCUUCAAGAAACAGCUGGGCAUGAAUUUCUAGAGCUGGGGAAAAAAAAAACCCUGUUGUCUUAACUCUCUGGGAACAAAGACUGACAACUGACCCCCCAAAAUCAUUCCAGAAAUGUUGUGCCCCUUGACUUGACCCCAAGUGACCAUCCUACUCUUCUUGAAACAGCUUUUUGUCUGGCUGGACAAAUGUACACUUUGUCACUAUCAAAUGGCUUUAUAAGAUGAUGUGUGUUGAUGUAUGAAAGAUUAACAUCAAAUUGCUAACUGACAUUAUUUAAUGUUUUUUUUCACUGGACUUAUAUGUGACUGCUCAUAAUCUAUUUGAAUGUUUUGUGUAGUUGCACAAAAAAUAUUUAGGUGUGUAGAUAUGUUUUAUAAUGCACGUGUCGGCCUCUGAAAUGAAUGGGGCUUUACUGUACUGUUCUUUCUCUCUAUUUUUGUACAUGUUCUAUUUAAAA